UCUCCUCCAGACAAAAUUCUUCCAACAGAUAGUGGAGAGUUAAUGUCAUCGAAAACAUCUGUUAUGUUCUCUGCCGAAACAGAUCUCCCUGGUGUUUCUGACGUAAACAAUAGUGCUAAGUCUGUGAUACAACUACACGAGUCAUCAAUUAGUUGCAAAGCAACAACAACUCAGUUCUCUGCAAAUACGAAACUUGUAUCUCCUGUAGUAGCGUCUGCUGAGAGUUCUAUUGACAUCAAGCGUGAAACAGAGAAUCAGAAAGAUGAUUGUUUUAUUCAGUCUGCUGAUGGUGAUAAGAAGUUUAAGACAACUACAUCCAUCUCCCCAUUAGUUGGGUUAGACAAGCAGAUACAACAUCCAUUACCAGGCUUUAAUGAUAAUAGAGUAGCUAAAGAAAUGACUCAUCGGAACAUAGAAUGGCACCACAACACUCCCUACGCAAAUCAUCAUCGAGUAUGGGAAAGAUUAAUAGGAAGCAUACUCACCACCUGUUUGACUGAAGCAGGAACAAUACCUAAUGAUAGACCACUCUUACAGACGCGAACAAAAUGGACACAGGGAAGACGAGAUUUACAAGUUCGCGAUUCAGUCUUGAUUAUUGGAGACACUUAUGCACGAAAUAACUGGCCUAAAGGCCUCGUGGUAAGUUUUGACCCAGGAGGAGAUGGACUAUGGAAACAAGCGAAGAUCAGAACGUGGAAAGGUACAAUUAUUAGAGACACGUAAAAUUUGUUUAUUAGAAGGGGUGGACGACUGAACAGUAGAGGAUAGGGAGACCUUUCAGAGUGACUGUGGCUAGAGUAAAUUGUACCAUUGUCACCUCUGAACGUUUUGCGUUUAUAUCAAAUCUGCGAAAGUAAGGAAAGACAUGCUGUCUUUGGGGGCGGUGUUAAGUUUGUCUUACAUUGUCCCUACAUGUUCCUUUUCUACUCUUUUGUAUGUUGUUUUAUACUAUUUAUUUACAUUCAGUAGGCAGCUGUAUGCCCAACAAUUUUCAUACUUAUGUUGUAACUCAAGUUGUACUGUAACAUUCUGUAAUGUUCACCUAUAUCUUUAACGUUUAUUUUACUUAUAAUUGUAUUUAUCAUUAUAAUCACUGUAAUUUAAUUACUGUAACGAUUAUCCACAGUUUUGUGCAUUUGUUUGAAUGUAACAGUUUCCAUAUUGUUUACUCUUGGUUCGAGUUUCGGUUGUUCAUAAACUGUUACCAAAUUUAGACACAGCUAUCGGCUGUCUUUGGACUAUCGUAUGUUGUAAUCGUUCUUUAUGUUACUCUUACAGGAAGCCUUUGCUAUUUUCAUUCUUGAACGACGCGUUUAAACGCCUAGACACCUCACAAGUUGAGGUUUGUAACUAAAUUUUGUGUAUUAUUUAAUAAAGAACCGCCUUUGUAGACAAAUCGUUGUUUUGGAACUUCGAUUUUGCGCGUAUCUUAUUCGGGGUUAUUUGAACGCUUCGAUAGAAUUAACAGUUCUCAACUUUGGUCUCAUUUGGUGUGGAUACCAGUUCUCAACUUUGGUCUCAUUUGAUGUGGAUACAGUUCUGAACUUUGGUCCUAAUUGGAGGGAAUACUUGCUGUAACGAAUUUGGCCGGAAUCCUGUUUGGUUCAUUCAUCCCAACGAUGACAGUUCCCAAGACACAGACAAUUCCAGUGCUGAAAAUAUUAUUCCUUCAGUUUCUAAGGUGAAUCCACCUAUUCCUUUAGAUCUUGCCUUUGAUAUUGUUAAACCUAACCCCAAAGACAGUUGCUCGGUAGGAGACAACUAUGUAGAGACUAGAUACAGCGUAGAAGACGAAGUGGUUUCUAGGGAAAGGGAAGUAUAAAAGAUUGAGCUGGAGAUUAGAGAACUCCAACUACGCAAGCGAUUGUUAGAGCUAACUCCGAACUCUUCAAACAAAGUGAGAAGACCUAGGGAGACUACCGAGUUGUCGGGGUCUCGAUCCGAGGAUAAAACUUCAGUAGAUACAGCAAGUCACCGAUACACCAAUGUACCUUUGAGCGAUGAAAUGCAAUUCAAAGCACAGGUAGAUAGCGUCAAGGCGCUAUUUAUGUCAGUAAGCUUACCGAAGAUAGAAAUCAUGAAAUUUGACGGGAGUCCUCUGAAAUUUUGGACGUUCAUGAAGGGAUUCAAGGUUAACAUAGCUGACAGAGUAAAUGAUGACACUCAGAAAUUAAUGUACCUGAUACACUAUUGCGAAGGUAUAGCAAAGGAUGCUAUAGAACACUGUGUUUUAUUACCAGAAAAAGAAGGUUAUACUGAGGCAAUUAAAAUUCUACAUGAACAGUUCGGCAGACCACAUGACAUCGUGGAAGCCUCCUCAACAGAACUGUUAAGUGGAUCACCAUUGAAUCAAGACGACACAACGGGUCAACUUAAUAAAACUUCAGUCUUCAUAAACUGUUUAGAAGCAAAGAGUUCUAUCGAGGACGGACCCACGCCGCCCCUUUCUUUAACCACAGUAGCGCCUGAAGAUUCUUCAAAUCGUUCGUUGCCGUUCAUAGAUGAUCCUGGUUUAUGCCUUAAACACUCUCCUGAUGUGGCACUCUUAGUCGAUGAUGAUGAUGUACGCUCACUCAUAGUAGCAGCAACCGCUGUUAAGACUGAAGAUUCCAGGGUUCAUCAAGGUUUACCGUCAGUUCGUUCUUCUGGAUUUGACACUCCACCUGAUUCAAGAAGUAACCGACUUAUAGACACCUUUGACUCUGUAUCUAAAGCGACAGACGAGAAUCUAAUGGAUUUAGAACAAGUUAUUUCAUUACCAGCUGUUGACGAUGAGUACCUUCUAAAAACUGCCAACGAUCGUCAUGUCGAUACAGUAGUGAAUAAUGACCUUAGAUGUAUUUCUCCUCCAGACAAAAUUCUUCCAACAGAUAGUGGAGAGUUAAUGUCAUCGAAAACAUCUGUUAUGUUCUCUGCCGAAACAGAUCUCCCUGGUGUUUCUGACGUAAACAAUAGUGCUAAGUCUGUGAUACAACUACACGAGUCAUCAAUUAGUUGCAAAGCAACAACAACUCAGUUCUCUGCAAAUACGAAACUUGUAUCUCCUGUAGUAGCGUCUGCUGAGAGUUCUAUUGACAUCAAGCGUGAAACAGAGAAUCAGAAAGAUGAUUGUUUUAUUCAGUCUGCUGAUGGUGAUAAGAAGUUUAAGACAACUACAUCCAUCUCCCCAUUAGUUGGGUUAGACAAGCAGAUACAACAUCCAUUACCAGGCUUUAAUGAUAAUAAAGUAGCUAAAGAAAUGACUCAUCGGAACAUAGAAUGGCACCACAACACUCCCUACGCAAAUCAUCAUCGAGUAUGGGAAAGAUUAAUAGGAAGCAUACUCACCACCUGUUUGACUGAAGCAGGAACAAUACCUAAUGAUAGACCACUCUUACAGACGCGAACAAAAUGGACACAGGGAAGACGAGAUUUACAAGUUCGCGAUUCAGUCUUGAUUAUUGGAGACACUUAUGCACGAAAUAACUGGCCUAAAGGCCUCGUGGUAAGUUUUGACCCAGGAGGAGAUGGACUAUGGAAACAAGCGAAGAUCAGAACGUGGAAAGGUACAAUUAUUAGAGACACGUAAAAUUUGUUUAUUAGAAGGGGUGGACGACUGAACAGUAGAGGAUAGGAGACCUUUCAGAGUGACUGUGGCUAGAGUAAAUUGUACCAUUGUCACCUCUGAACGUUUUGCGUUUAUAUCAAAUCUGCGAAAGUAAGGAAAGACAUGCUGUCUUUGGGGGCGGUGUUAAGUUUGUCUUACAUUGUCCCUACAUGUUCCUUUUCUACUCUUUUGUAUGUUCAAAUGGUUGUGGACGGAAUAGAAGAAGCUUUCGCUUAACAGGCUUCCGUGUCUAGUAGCAGGGGAUCACCAAAUCCUCCAGGCAGGAACCUAGGUAUGUUAAUAAUAAAAAGGAAAAGAAAUUGGUAAAUCUUAAUGUGAUGUUGUCCUUGGUCCUUAAGAAUAGGUCAAGUUGCCUCUUGAAGGACUCCUGAGAAGUCGCUUGGACUAGCUCGGCCGGCAGCGAAUUCCAGCUUUUGACAACUCUUAAGGAGUAGAAGUUGUGUCUACAUUCCGUCUUGCUAUGUUGUGUUUCCAGUUUCUGGGUGUUACCCCUUAGGUUGUUAUUCGAACUAAGCUUAAGUAGGUGUUUAAGAGGAUGUCCAGAAGUGUUAAGAAUACUAUAAGGCAUUAGUAAAUCACCUCUAAGACGCCUAUAUUCUAGUGGGUAAAGGUCUAGUGAACGGAGGCGUUCUUCGUAAGGUUUAGAUUUGAGUCCUCGAACUGAUUUCGUGGCUCGCCGCUGGAUACGCUCCAAAAUGACCUUGUCCUUAUGGAGUGAGGGGGGGGAGUACUAUGUUUCCGUACUCUAAAUGGGGACGGAUGAAACUAUUGAAGAUUGUGUGGAUAGUUCUUCGGUCAAACUGGCCAAAAAUGCGCCUCAACGUUACCAGUGCAAGGUUUGCUCGGAAGGCAUUUUUGUCACAGUUAGCGUAAGACUUUAAGUCAUGGGGCACCAGGACUCCUAAAUCUUUUUCGACUUGGGAUACUACUAGAGAGGAGUUUCCUAAGUUGUAACUGUAGUUUGCGACAUGUCGCAGAUGGACUACUUUACACUUUGAAGUGUUAAAGGUAAGUCCGUUAUCAUCUGCCCAACUUUGAAGUCGCGUCAGAUCCUCCUGAAGUGCCUGUGUAUCGUCUUGGUUGCGUAUCUCUCUCCAAAGUUUCACGUCGUCGGCAAAAAGUAAUAAAUCUGGCGUUACCUGUUGAGGAAGAUCAUUUAUGUAGAUCAAGAAGAGAAGAGGCCCUAGUACUGAGCCCUGGGGACCCCACUAGGACAUUCCAUAGCCUGAGAUAAAGUGAAAUUAACCCUAACCUUAAAGUGUCGAUUUUUUAGGUAUGAAGUAAGCCAAUCGAUUAGAGGUGGUUUGAUACCUAGUCGUUUGAGCUUGUUGAUAAGACACAAGUGGUUAACCUUAUCAAAAGCUUUUGAGAAAUCAAGGUAAAUGACAUCAACCUUUCCCUUGCAAUCGAGGAUGCUUGUCCAUCUGUCCACCGCAGUCAGCAGGUUGGUUAUACAAGAGUAACCCUUCCUGAAACCAUGCUGUUGGGGUGAGAAGAAAUUUAAGGACAGUAGAUAGUCAUUUAAACCGUCGCAUAUCAGGGACUCCAUGAGUUUUGAAGGUAAUGACAGAAGAGCCACCGGCCGAUAACUUGAAGGUUCAUUGCGUCGACCACCUUUGAAAAUUGGUGUGAUGUGAGCCAACUUCCAGUUUUCCGGUAAUUUGCCUCGGCUAAGCGAGUGUGAAAACAUCACGCUAAGCGGCGUUGCCAGGAUUGAGGCUGCCUCCCUCAGUAUGGCAGGAUGAACCGUAUCCGGGCCAGGAGAAGUGUCAAGUCUUAAGUGCUGCAAUUUCCGGAACACCAAGUCAGCGCUUAGGUCUACUUCGGAAAGUCCUGUGGAAUUGCAGAUGAAACUGUCGUCAGUAAAGUUGAUGUCAGCCGGUUGAAAUGUUUGAGAGUAGUGUGCCGCCAGAAGGUUAGCGGCGUCGCCAUCGUUGUUGGUCGGGCCGUUAAGACCUAGCAGUUGAGAAACUCCUGUUUUGGCUUGACGAAGAGAGGCUGCAUAACGGAAUAGGCUUCUAGGGUUAGAGGCGAAUUUGUCCAUAAGCUUUGUUUGGUACUGAAGCCUGUCUUCUCUUAUAGCCUUCGUGCAUGUGUUCCUGAUAUGUUUGUAUUGCCUAUACGCUCCAUCGUUAUUAGUUCGUUUGUAUUCCGCCCAACAGUGCCGUUUGCGGCUUAGGAGGCGAAGGGUACGGUUCUUGAUUACUGUAGGUGGCUUGAAGCUUUUGGGAACCGUUUGAGGAACUGAAUGGUCUGUAGCACAUAAGAGCGUGUGCAGUAAGAAGUCCCAAUGACCAUCCACAUCGAUUUGAGGGUGAACAUCCCAAACCACCUGUUGUAGAUAGUCAUGUAGGGCUGGCACAUUCAGCCGUUUAAAAUUCCAACGCAAAUUAUUGUUGGGAUACCUUAGCUUAGUUUUGAUGACAAAACUGAAGGCUAUGACGGCAUGAUCGCUUUUUCCCAGAGGAGCCAGGAUUGAGAGGUUGUCGACUAGGAAUUCUUCGUUAGUGAAUACACAGUCUAAGCGCGAUGGUGUCUGACUGUUUCUCCAACGAGUUGCCGACCUCACAUUUUUAUAUAAGCCCAAGUCAUCGAUGAGGUUGAAGAACCGAGCUUCAAUUGAGUUGUCGCCUCCAGUGUACGUGUGUUCCGCGAAGUUGACUCUAGGGAGAUUAAAGUCCCCUAGAAUCAGGAUGUGUGUGAAACCGAGACGGAUAGAGCGGGAUAGUCCUUCCAGCAUACAACUAUCGUACUCGGUGUCGGCAGUUGGCUUCCUGUAAAUGACUCCGACCAGACACCUGGAAGUACUAGACAAUCUUACAGAGCACCAUAUGGAUUCCUCAAGAUUGUUAAACUCGAGGUUGUGAACCUGGUUCACCUCCAAGCAAGAGCUUAUGUAUAUGGCUACUCCGCCCCCAAUUCCUGUUUUUCUGCCGUUGCGGAACAAAGUCAUCCCAGGCAAUGCUAACUCUUGGUCCGAGAACUGAGAAGAUAUCCAUGUUUCAGAUAUUCCUAUCAGAUGGGCCUUAUUAGCGUUGCUAAGUUCACGUAGUUCAUCCAGUUUGUUUGGUAGACUCGCGGCGUUCAUAUAUAAGCAGUUUAUGCUUUCAAUUUGGAACGCGUGAGCUUCGUCCUGUUUUUCUGUAUGAACCUUAUGUGAAUGGACAGGUAGCCCACCUAUGUGAGGUUUGCCGAGGUGGUAGGCCCUGUCCUUUACACGUUUUUUUAUCGUUUAGACAGUCCACAAGUGGAAUGGUCAGCUCCAACUUGUCUUUGUUCUUGGUCCUAACUUCGUAUGGCCUAUCCGGGUGCAUGUGGAUUCCAGGUGGCAAUCGACGUCUAUUAGCACGAAAUGCUUCCAGAACUGCAGCCGCCAUGUGGGAAGAUGGGAAGGUUAUCUUCAUUAGACGGGGUCUAAGAUCACCGUCCUUCUUGGCUAGUCUCGUCACAUGCUGAGUCAGUAUGUGUUUGAGCCUCAAGGACUGUUUGAUGAAUUUCCAUUCCCUGAUGUCAGAAUGUGAUUGAGUAGGGUCUGCAUUUUCCGGUAUACCUUGGACAAUUAUGUUUCUUCCGCGGAAAAACUUCUCACGAGAUUCUUUAGGGACGUUUCGUAUGAUACUGCGCUCAGAGUACGGUAUGUCGGGCAGUAUUCUUACGUUACCAUCUGAUUUCAGCAAGUGGCUUGCUAGCAAGACGUCCUCUACGUCGGUAGCAGCCUUAAGUGUUACUCGGAGAAGCCUCGGGUGAUUUAGAUGCUUAGAAUCCUUUCCUCGAGUGAGCCGGGUGACCGUCAAAGGCUCUAUUCUAGGAAGUUCGAGCUUCUUGUUCAAUUCACCCCAGAGCAUCCUGUCGUUUUUGUCCUGCAGACUGAGAGGAAGAUCAGGAUUGUCAACGAGGUUCAUGAUAAUGAGAGAAUCGUCACGAACUGUUGUUAAUUUACCAGGUUUCACGAUGGGUUCAGGUUUAGUAACUUGUUGUUUGGAGGUCAGUGUGCGUUUAUGAAUCAUGGGCUCUUUAUUGACCGGACGAACAGUCUUGGGGGUAGACUGUGCGACUAAAUUACCAGUUAUUUUCCGUGCAGCAACUCUUGGGUUGCUCGGCUUAGGCGGUGAUGCCUGGUUCUUUUGGGCUCUCUUAACGUGGGUCGAAUCACAUGCAGGGUUUUUGGCAACCACUGUUGUGUUCGGGGACCCUGAGCUGGGAGACCCGAGUUUGCCUAGGGAGUUCAGUACCGUCGACGUAAUGAUGGUACUGAGCCUCGACACGUCGUCGUUAGUGUGGAUGGAUGCUCCAUCGAUGGAAUACCUAUCGAUAUCCCUGUUUUUGAGUCCGUUGCACUCUCUUGUUUGUAUAUCAGUUUUUUUACUAUCGUAUUCCAAGUUAACUGACAACUUGUUCCGAAGACUUGUCAGUAGGACAAUGAUGUUACUCAGCAAGACUACGGAGUCUGUGUUGCACGUGACACACACCCACUUUUGCUCUGACUUGCUGAGUCUGUUGUAAGCAGUUGCUGUCAGAUCUGUGCAUGCUUCGUGGAACCAACCUUUGCAGUUGUCGCACUGCAUGCCAGUUGUGACAGCAAAACGGCAUCCCGGACGUUUGCAUGAGUUUUUCAUGACGGUGUUGAAGCAAAUUAUGUUAUAGAUGCUUGCAAGAGCCUAGGACCUUUUAAAAAAAAAACUAAAAAGCACACUAAAAAUGGACAAAACGAGUGAUAUAAACUGAGACUAGUCUAUACGUGAAAAACAAAAAAAAAACCGAAUAGUAAGCUGAGGCAAAACCACAGGUAACUAUUAAAUAUAGUGAAACUCAAAAAAAAGUAAUCUACCGAACGUAUAGCUCAGGAUAGAUUCUUUAGAACUGAAAUGGUACUUUUGUUGCGUAAGAACACAGCAAAAGUUUGAUAAAUGCAAAUCACGUUAGGACUAAACUUCCCGUUCGAAAAGCGCGGUCAGUAACUGUGGAUACAGUUCUGAACUUUGGUCCUAAUUGGAGGGAAUACUUGCUGUAACGAAUUUGGCCGGAAUCCUGUUUGGUUCAUUCAUCCCAACGAUGACAGUUCCCAAGACACAGACAAUUCCAGUGCUGAAAAUAUUAUUCCUUCAGUUUCUAAGGUGAAUCCACCUAUUCCUUUAGAUCUUGCCUUUGAUAUUGUUAAACCUAACCCCAAAGACAGUUGCUCGGUAGGAGACAACUAUGUAGAGACUAGAUACAGCGUAGAAGACGAAGUGGUUUCUAGGGAAAGGGAAGUAUAAAAGAUUGAGCUGGAGAUUAGAGAACUCCAACUACGCAAGCGAUUGUUAGAGCUAACUCCGAACUCUUCAAACAAAGUGAGAAGACCUAGGGAGACUACCGAGUUGUCGGGGUCUCGAUCCGAGGAUAAAACUUCAGUAGAUACAGCAAGUCACCGAUACACCAAUGUACCUUUGAGCGAUGAAAUGCAAUUCAAAGCACAGGUAGAUAGCGUCAAGGCGCUAUUUAUGUCAGUAAGCUUACCGAAGAUAGAAAUCAUGAAAUUUGACGGGAGUCCUCUGAAAUUUUGGACGUUCAUGAAGGGAUUCAAGGUUAACAUAGCUGACAGAGUAAAUGAUGACACUCAGAAAUUAAUGUACCUGAUACACUAUUGCGAAGGUAUAGCAAAGGAUGCUAUAGAACACUGUGUUUUAUUACCAGAAAAAGAAGGUUAUACUGAGGCAAUUAAAAUUCUACAUGAACAGUUCGGCAGACCACAUGACAUCGUGGAAGCCUCCUCAACAGAACUGUUAAGUGGAUCACCAUUGAAUCAAGACGACACAACGGGUCAACUUAAUAAAACUUCAGUCUUCAUAAACUGUUUAGAAGCAAAGAGUUCUAUCGAGGACGGACCCACGCCGCCCCUUUCUUUAACCACAGUAGCGCCUGAAGAUUCUUCAAAUCGUUCGUUGCCGUUCAUAGAUGAUCCUGGUUUAUGCCUUAAACACUCUCCUGAUGUGGCACUCUUAGUCGAUGAUGAUGAUGUACGCUCACUCAUAGUAGCAGCAACCGCUGUUAAGACUGAAGACUCCAGGGUUCAUCAAGGUUUACCGUCAGUUCGUUCUUCUGGAUUUGACACUCCACCUGAUUCAAGAAGUAACCGACUUAUAGACACCUUUGACUCUGUAUCUAAAGCGACAGACGAGAAUCUAAUGGAUUUAGAACAAGUUAUUUCAUUACCAGCUGUUGACGAUGAGUACCUUCUAAAAACUGCCAACGAUCGUCAUGUCGAUACAGUAGUGAAUAAUGACCUUAGAUGUAUUUCUCCUCCAGACAAAAUUCUUCCAACAGAUAGUGGAGAGUUAAUGUCAUCGAAAACAUCUGUUAUGUUCUCUGCCGAAACAGAUCUCCCUGGUGUUUCUGACGUAAACAAUAGUGCUAAGUCUGUGAUACAACUACACGAGUCAUCAAUUAGUUGCAAAGCAACAACAACUCAGUUCUCUGCAAAUACGAAACUUGUAUCUCCUGUAGUAGCGUCUGCUGAGAGUUCUAUUGACAUCAAGCGUGAAACAGAGAAUCAGAAAGAUGAUUGUUUUAUUCAGUCUGCUGAUGGUGAUAAGAAGUUUAAGACAACUACAUCCAUCUCCCCAUUAGUUGGGUUAGACAAGCAGAUACAACAUCCAUUACCAGGCUUUAAUGAUAAUAAAGUAGCUAAAGAAAUGACUCAUCGGAACAUAGAAUGGCACCACAACACUCCCUACGCAAAUCAUCAUCGAGUAUGGGAAAGAUUAAUAGGAAGCAUACUCACCACCUGUUUGACUGAAGCAGGAACAAUACCUAAUGAUAGACCACUCUUACAGACGCGAACAAAAUGGACACAGGGAAGACGAGAUUUACAAGUUCGCGAUUCAGUCUUGAUUAUUGGAGACACUUAUGCACGAAAUAACUGGCCUAAAGGCCUCGUGGUAAGUUUUGACCCAGGAGGAGAUGGACUAUGGAAACAAGCAAAGAUCAGAACGUGGAAAGGUACAAUUAUUAGAGACACGUAAAAUUUGUUUAUUAGAAGGGGUGGACGACUGAACAGUAGAGGAUAGGAGACCUUUCAGAGUGACUGUGGCUAGAGUAAAUUGUACCAUUGUCACCUCUGAACGUUUUGCGUUUAUAUCAAAUCUGCGAAAGUAAGGAAAGACAUGCUGUCUUUGGGGGGCGGUGUUAAGUUUGUCUUACAUUGUCCCUACAUGUUCCUUUUCUACUCUUUUGUAUGUUGUUUUAUACUAUUUAUUUACAUUCAGUAGGCAGCUGUAUGCCCAACAAUUUUCAUACUUAUGUUGUAACUCAAGUUGUACUGUAACAUUCUGUAAUGUUCACCUAUAUCUUUAACGUUUAUUUUACUUAUAAUUGUAUUUAUCAUUAUAAUCACUGUAAUUUAAUUACUGUAACGAUUAUCCACAGUUUUGUGCAUUUGUUUGAAUGUAACAGUUUCCAUAUUGUUUACUCUUGGUUCGAGUUUCGGUUGUUCAUAAACUGUUACCAAAUUUAGACACAGCUAUCGGCUGUCUUUGGACUAUCGUAUGUUGUAAUCGUUCUUUAUGUUACUCUUACAGGAAGCCUUUGCUAUUUUCAUUCUUGAACGACGCGUUUAAACGCCUAGACACCUCACAAGUUGAGGUUUGUAACUAAAUUUUGUGUAUUAUUUAAUAAAGAACCGCCUUUGUAGACAAAUCGUUGUUUUGGAACUUCGAUUUUGCGCGUAUCUUAUUCGGGGUUAUUUGAACGCUUCGAUAGAAUUAACAGCGCUCCUUACUUUUUUUUUCUCUUCAAAUUCUCAUUGUUUUGUGUGGCGCAUAUUUAUUUGGUGCCCGCUUGUUUCAAUAUUUAUGUGUUCAAAUAAAAUAAAAAUAAUACAAACUUUAUCGGAUUCCUACUUUGCUAAAUUGAGCUUGUAGGUAUUUUGUCUAAUUGAGCUGAAGGGGAUUUGUUUGACUACUUUACAUACGUCAAAGCCACAGCACUCAAUAAUUACUACCGCAGGACAGAAUUUGGUAGAUUGUUAUACGGCCAUGGAUGAUUUAUCUCACUUGGGAAAAACUUAGCUUGAUAAAUGAUUUGAGGUUAUGUAACUUUUUAUUUACCCUACAAGUCUAGGCGUCUUGUAGGUGGAAAUGCUAGUAGUCUUUUGGUAAUAGGAUGAUGUACGAUUCAGUAUUUUACACAUGUCUUACUAUCAAUUCAUAGCAUUUAUACGGUUAUCCCCAAGAUAGUGAGUCGACGCUUGGAGCAAUACUCCAUUUCCGAACCAUAGCAACUGUGGAAGGUGCAAAGAAUUUUUCAGGAUGAUAAAUCAACUUUAAGGUUUCAUGUUCUGUAACAACAGUGAAUUUUUUCCAAGUACCUAUGAAGUCAUUCAACGACCUAAAACAUAGCUAAUGCCUCUUGUUGAAAGGUCUAAACGUACUCCAGUAGCCCCGUAUAUACCAAUACCUAAGUAAGGGAUAACACAGUAGACAUAGCUGAAUUAAUUGUAUGUGACAUCCAAUCAGCCACGGAAUAGAAAAUCAUCAAUUAUAUACAAUUGGUUUCGUCAAUGAAUUUGAACAAAGCCAGAACAAAUAUUGCUGCAGAAUAACAUGAUUGCAUUUAAUUUCGUGGUUUCUCAUCAGCUGUUAACUACCAUAUAUGCAAUGAGAUUUAGCACUAAGCUAGAAUAGAAUAUGAAACAAUUGACAUUCAUGAACUAGAAGAAUUAGAAUGACAAAGGCCAUCACUAAUAACUAUAUAUAUGCAAGAACAGGUUAGAGGUCAUUUUGGAGUUGGGAUUCAAAUAACAUAAGGGGUGGGUGACGCAUCGAUCAAACGAGAUCAAAAGACAGAUAAUAUAAAUUGUGUGAUAGAUUUAGAGGUUACGAAAGGUUUACAAAAGAUCAUUGAAAUUAAAAAUCAAUAAUGUGGGUUACGUAAAUAUUGCAUAGGAUUUAAGAGUUUACACAAAAGAAUUAAGUGAACGAAAACUUCUGAGUGAAGAGAUGGUUUUAGUGUACAUAAAAUACGACCAUGUAAACAAAAUGAAAUGACCAUAAUAACAAAAAAUGAUUUACCAAGGUAGUUACAAACUUAUUACUGUCUCUUUCUGGAUAAAUAAAUCAGGUUUGAGUUUUAUUAUUGCUACUGCUUCGGCAAACCGAAGAGACACUGUGUCUUUUUGUUUGCUAAUAACUUUAAAGGCUUGUGCAAUGUCGGUGGUAUUCCUGGGGUCAAGUAAAUGCCGAGUGAUUACACUCACUAGAGCCACUGUGCCUCUCAGACUCAAGUCCUUUAGAACGUACUCAGAAACGCGAACAUGUUCUCAUUCCUCUGUACUCCCAAUGUGCUUUGGCACGUAAACGAGAACCGCAUUAUAUACAUAACUCUUAAAUUAAGCAGGCAAACCUGCCCUGCCUUUGUUAAGAACUAUUGAAACUAUGAAUUACCAAAAUGACUAAUAUGGAUUGUUACCGUGUUAAUCACUAUAGCUGAAAGCGAUAAGAAAUUCCAUCAUUUAUAGUGGAAUAUUAAGUUGCUACACAGAUGAAAAAUGUUGUUUAAUUCACCUAUAAAUAGUAAUGAGUUCAGUUGUACACUAAACGAGUGAUGAGCAAAAGGCAAACUAGUAUUUCAAAAAUCUUUGUUUUCCAAAUGAAAUAAAGAUGAUACCGUCUGCACUUAUACAUAACUUCAUUAUAUAUCUAGUAUCAAUACAGGAACUUGAAGGUGACCUUACAACUAAUUAACAAAUGCAUCUUUUCUUGUAUUAGAAAGAACUAGACAAUAAUUACUACUUAAAGAAUAAUGAUAUAAUUAGAGUGUAUCCGUUCAGAUAAAUAACAGGAAAUACAAAACCAGUCAUUUCAUAAACAAAUUACCAUUGAUAUUGUGGUGGACCAAACAAUAUAUAAACGCAAAAGUAUCAACAAAGUUAAUAGCAAUCAAUAGUAAUAUUAAUAUUUACAAGUUAAAUGUUACAAAUGCAAUAACAAAUUAGGGACGUUACUUAAAUCGGCUAGUCGUUGCGUGUUCUGUUGAGUUUUGGUCUCAAAAAUCCACAAUUAUAAAUGCAUAAUAAUUCCACAGAGGUAAAUAUGACGCCAAUAAGUUUCUUUGAUGUAGGAUAUAAUGGGAAUGACACUGCAGUCUGAAAUGAGGAUAAUAUCCAGUUUAGAACGCAAUUGACUUGGUAACGAGCGAGAAUAGAACAAUGGGUAUGUGCGUAAUAGUGUAUUUGUGAACAAUCGAAAAUGUGUGUCACGCUAUGUUAGAAUUACAACGGAAAAAGCGUUCAAGGUCGUUGACUGAAACAACACGUACAGUCAUUUAAUGAUAAAUGUACAUACAGUGAAAAAUUGACAAAACAAAUAGAAAUAACAUUGAAAACUAUUUACAAAAUAAGGUUGUCAGGUCUAUCUCCACAUAGCUCCCCCCAGAGUGUCCGGAGGUAACACUGGUUACAAUAACAAUAAUAAAAAUUUUAUACCAAAAAAAAUAUUUACAAUAAUAACCAAUUAACAAUGUGGAGAUGCGUAUGACAUGUACGUUAACAAUAUACAGUGUGUUAUUGAGUGAAAAUAGUGGUGAUAUGGCAUAGCAUGACAAACAAAAGUAAUGAGAAUACCGUCAUUUAAAAGCUUGGUUUGCUAACAAUGGUAAUAAUGUGCAGACUGUUACUGACCCCCAAAAAAAAUGAACUGCUUAUUUUUUUUUUGUGUGUGUGUACAACAAAUGAAUAAUUAAAUAGAGUUUACUCGUUUAUUAUUGUAACAAAUUUUUUUCUAUGAAAAAAAAAUGUGACAAAACGAAUAAUUGUGGGAAAAAAAAUAUGGUUAAUUAUGUACACUGUAAAAAAAAAGGGAAAAAAAAUCAUGGAUUUUGUUGGGAAAAAUCGGGUGAGUAUAAUCGUAUAGUACAUCAGUAAUUGUUUGUUUAGAUUUUUUUUAUUCGGCGAAAUGUACAUAGCGUUUGGGUUUUUUUACGGCUCUGCCUGAGCGCGUUAAACAAGUAGGUUUGAUACUCAGUUUUUCUUCCCUGUCUGCUGUAGUGGUGGUUGCUGGACGGGGUUGGUUCAGUGAAAUAGUAUGUUCUUUGUCAAGUUGUGCUUCGUAGAAAGCAGGCUUCAUUCUAUCGAUAGCGAUAAUCUCUUUCUUUCUACACUUGUUGAUUAUGAAGUGUUUGGUCGUUCUUUUAAUUACUUGAUAUGGUCCUUCAUAAGGUUGUUUCAAUGGCUUUUUAACAGCAUCAACUCGAACAAAGACAAACUUGCAUGUUUCUAGAUUUCUGUUGAGUUGUAUUCGAUUGUUAUGUUCACGAGGCGGUAUGGCUUUGAUUCGUUGCAUGGUUUGCAGCAGUUGGCUAGCAAAACGACUUGGGUCCGUUGGUGUUAAAGUGUUUGGGUCCACUAGUUGACCUGGUAAUGUAAGGGUUGUACCGUAAACUAGCUCAGCGGCUGUACAACCUAUAUCUUCCUUUAUAGUUGAACGGAUACCCAGGAGUACAAAUGGUAAUGCGUCACUCCAUUUUGUCGUAUCAUCUUGUGCCAUCAGCGAGCUUUUCAGUUGGCGGUGAAAUCUUUCGACCAAGCCGUUAGCUGCUGGGUGGUAGGCUGUUGUUUUGAUGUGGUUCACGCCCAGAAGUCUUGUGAAUUCCUGAAAUAAGAUAGACUGAAACUGGGGACCACGGUCGGUAGUGACGAUAGAAGGUACUCCGUAAUUUGCUAUCCAACGGUCAAGGAAUACGCCGGCUACUGUUUCUGCAGAAGUAUCAGCAAUAGGGCAUGCUAUGGCCCAUCUUGUGAACCUGUCCACCGCAGUGAGAAUAUGAGUGAAUGAAUUAGAUGGUGGCAAUGGACCAACUAUGUCUAAGUGGAUAUGCUGAAAACGUUUGUCCGGCAGGGGAUACUUGCCAACUGGACUGAUCGUGUGCUUCUGAAUCUUGCUGCGUUGACAUUGUAGGCAGCUUCGCGUCCAUCGUUUUAUAUCUGAAUUGAUUUUUGGCCACACAAAACGCUCAGUAACCAAUUUGAUUGUGGCUCUGAUUCCUGGGUGAGAAAGGUCAUGCAGUUGAUGAAAUACCUGUCGACGACAUGCUAGAGGUACAAAAGGGCGAUUGUUACCCGUUGAAACAUCGCAAAUGAUAGAUGUAUUUGAGAAAGGGAUGGGUACUGGUUUAAGGUUCAAGUUAGACUUCUCCUGGCAGGCCUUCAAAUCUGCAUCGUCUACUUGUAGUUUUGCGAUGGUUUCUAGAUCGAUGUCUUGUUUACGUAACAGGGUAUUUACGUCCUUACGUGACAAUGCGUCAGCUACGACGUUGGUGUGUCCUUUGACAAAUUGGAUAUCUGUCGUAAACUGGGAGAUGUAAUCCAGUUGUCGUGCUUCGCGAGGUGAAUGUCGGUCGUACGAUGUGUGGAAUGAGUAACAUAAAGGUUUGUGAUCGGUCAUGAUGGUAAAAGUUCGUCCUUGUAGUAAAAAGUUAAAGUGUUUAACGGCUAAGUAGAUAGCAAGUAACUCCCGUCCAAAGGUACUAUAGCGUUCCUGGGCUGGUGACAAUCUUUUGGAGAAAAACGCUAUGGGGGUAGUCAUAUUGUUUACCUGUUGUUGUAAUACUGCCCCGAUGGCUUUUUGAGAUGCAUCGGUACACAGAAUUAAGUGGGUUGUGGGGUCAGUAUUUAGAUAUUGUAGCAUGGUGGCAUUAGCUAUCAUCGACUUUGCUUUUUCAAACGCUGUUUUGGCAUCAAGAGAUAGGUUGAAUGUUUGAUUCUUCUCUCUCUUCGUACCUUUUUUGUCGGCUUUCAACAGAUCGGUUAAUGGCUGUAAUACUUCAGCACAAUGUCGUAAGAAACGGCGGUAAAAAUUACACAUACCGAGGAAGCGUCGUAAUGACUUCACCGAGGUUGGUUCGGGAUAAUUGGUAAUAGCUUCAACCUUUUCUGGGAGUGGUUUGAUGCCUUGAGAGUCAAUGUAAUGUCCUAAAAACUCUAAGGCUGGGACUGCGAAUAUGCAUUUCGAAGGAUUGAUGACGACGCCAUGUUUUUUAAAACGAUCAAAAAGGGUCUGGACAUGUUGGAUAUGCUCUUCUAAAGAUGAGCUUGCAAUGAGAACAUCGUCGAUGUAUGCAAACACGAAAUCAAGGCCUCUUGUUACGUUAUCCAUGAAGCGUUGGAAUGUCUGCGCAGCGUUUUUUAAUCCGAAUGGCAUCCUUAGAAACUCAAACAGGCCAAAGGGUGUGAUGAUGGCUGUUUUCUCGAUGUCUUCUGGUGCCAUCGGAAUUUGAUGGUAUGCACGCACUAGGUCGAGCUUUGAGAAGAUGCAUUUACCAUGUAAAUUUAACGCGAAGUCAUGUAUAUGUGGAAUAGGAUACCUAUCCGGGAUGGUUUGAUUGUUUAAUCGUCGAUAGUCACCACACGGACGCCAAUCUUGGUCCUUCUUUGGUACCAUGUGUAACGGCGAGGCCCAGGGGCUGUUGGAUGGUCUGAUAAUACCAAGUUGCAUCAUAUGUUCGAAUUCUCUUUUAGCUACUUGCAACUUGCUUGGUGGUAAUCUCCUCGCCCUAGCGCUAAUAGGUGGUCCGGUGGUAGUGAUAUGGUGUUGUACCAGCUGUGGGUUACCUUCCUUUUGGUAAUCUGAUUUCGUAAUGCACUGGUAUUCUGUUAGAAUGUCGUUGAAGUUGUUGUUCACAGGUUUCAUUAUUCGAACACCAUGGAUCUCGUUGUCGUUGGAGAGUGUACCAUUUACCUGUAAACGUGUGUUUACGUCGAUUAAUCUCUUGUUGGUCAUAUCAACUAACAGGUUGUACGCACUAAGAAAAUCGGCCCCGAGGAUGGGUCGUUUGACUUGAGCAACUAUGAAUACCCAUGUGAAUCUUCUACGGAGCCCGAGAUCUAAUAUAAGAGAUUGUUCUCCAUAAGUUUUGAUAACUGAUUCGUUAGCCGCUACCAAGGACAAUUUAGUGCUUGUCGUAUGUUGUCUGCGUGAGAGAUGGAGUGGGAUGAUGCUGAUUUCUGCUCCCGUAUCGACUAAAAAGUCUGAGCCAGAAAUACGAUCCCUGAUGUGGAAGAGGCGGCUGACAUGUUGGCCAGUAACAGCUGCCACUAUUACUGUCUGGCCACUUCGUUUCCCUGAUGGUCUGGCUUGCUUGCCGUGAAGUUGCACGGUUUUGUGCAACGACGUGCUUUCUCACCAUAAUUCGAAUGAUACCAACAAAUUCCGGCUGCCCGCUUAGGUGACCUAAGACGAUGUCUGGAUACUGAUCUCCUUCUGGACCUAGAUCUGGGGCGUCGAGAAUGGAUGGUGGAGAUAGUCGCCUGCAGUGAUGCUAGCUGCCGUGUUAAGUGUGCCAUUUGUUGCUGCAUGUCAAGAGUAGGGUUCAUAGCAUCUCUACUAGCGGGUUGUACAGCGUUAAUUCCCCGACUAUCGGGAUAUAUUUCUAUUAUCUUAUCGGCCAUGUCUGCUAAAUCAUCAAGACUGACAGAGGCUCCUGAUACGCUGAGAAUUUGUCUGACGCUAUAAGGUAACCUUUGUGACCACAUCUGCUUAAGUAAUGCUUCAUCUAACUUGUAUGAGCCUGCUAGUUGUCUCAUGUGUCUAAGCAACUGUGAAGGUCUUUUGUCCCCUAACUCGCAUGCGGUGAGUAGUUGCUGUAAGCGUUUUUCAUCAGACUGCGAAGUACGGUGGAUUACUGCGGCUUUUAUUUUGUCAUAUGGGUCCGCUUCUGGUACGUUAUCUAUCAGGUCUCCGACUUCUGCUGCCACUUCUAUGGGUAAUGCUCCAACGAUGUAUGCAUAUUUUGUCGCUUGCGAGCGUAUACCUCUCGACAAAAAUAAUGCCUCAACCUGUGCAAACCAGAUCCUGGGAUUAUUAACACCGUACGUUGGUAAUCUUAGUUCCGAGAUAGCGUUGAUUGAGUUUAAAACAUUAUCCUCUGGUUGUGGAGAGUUUAGAAGGUUGGUCGGUGAACUAUCAAUAUCAAUAAGUUUACCCGGAGAGUUCAUAAUGACAAAAACAAAAAUAUGGUGUCGUGCCGAUUAAUAAUAAUAAAAAAAUUAUGUAGAUAUAUAUAGUAAAUGUCUAUAAAAAAAUAAUCGAGGCUCACCAAAUAAUUGUGGUGGACCAAACAAUAUAUAAACGCAAAAGUAUCAACAAAGUUAAUAGCAAUCAAUAGUAAUAUUAAUAUUUACAAGUUAAAUGUUACAAAUGCAAUAACAAAUUAGGGACGUUACUUAAAUCGGCUAGUCGUUGCGUGUUCUGUUGAGUUUUGGUCUCAAAAAUCCACAAUUAUAAAUGCAUAAUAAUUCCACAGAGGUAAAUAUGACGCCAAUAAGUUUCUUUGAUGUAGGAUAUAAUGGGAAUGACACUGCAGUCUGAAAUGAGGAUAAUAUCCAGUUUAGAACGCAAUUGACUUGGUAACGAGCGAGAAUAGAACAAUGGGUAUGUGCGUAAUAGUGUAUUUGUGAACAAUCGAAAAUGUGUGUCACGCUAUGUUAGAAUUACAACGGAAAAAGCGUUCAAGGUCGUUGACUGAAACAACACGUACAGUCAUUUAAUGAUAAAUGUACAUACAGUGAAAAAUUGACAAAACAAAUAGAAAUAACAUUGAAAACUAUUUACAAAAUAAGGUUGUCAGGUCUAUCUCCACAUAGCUCCCCCCAGAGUGUCCGGAGGUAACACUGGUUACAAUAACAAUAAUAAAAAUUUUAUACCAAAAAAAAUAUUUACAAUAAUAACCAAUUAACAAUGUGGAGAUGCGUAUGACAUGUACGUUAACAAUAUACAGUGUGUUAUUGAGUGAAAAUAGUGGUGAUAUGGCAUAGCAUGACAAACAAAAGUAAUGAGAAUACCGUCAUUUAAAAGCUUGGUUUGCUAACAAUGGUAAUAAUGUGCAGACUGUUACUGACCCCCAAAAAAAAUGAACUGCUUAUUUUUUUUUGUGUGUGUGUACAACAAAUGAAUAAUUAAAUAGAGUUUACUCGUUUAUUAUUGUAACAAAUUUUUUUCUAUGAAAAAAAAAUGUGACAAAACGAAUAAUUGUGGGAAAAAAAAUAUGGUUAAUUAUGUACACUGUAAAAAAAAAGGGAAAAAAAAUCAUGGAUUUUGUUGGGAAAAAUCGGGUGAGUAUAAUCGUAUAGUACAUCAGUAAUUGUUUGUUUAGAUUUUUUUUAUUCGGCGAAAUGUACAUAGCGUUUGGGUUUUUUACGGCUCUGCCUGAGCGCGUUAAACAAGUAGGUUUGAUACUCAGUUUUUCUUCCCUGUCUGCUGUAGUGGUGGUUGCUGGACGGGGUUGGUUCAGUGAAAUAGUAUGUUCUUUGUCAAGUUGUGCUUCGUAGAAAGCAGGCUUCAUUCUAUCGAUAGCGAUAAUCUCUUUCUUUCUACACUUGUUGAUUAUGAAGUGUUUGGUCGUUCUUUUAAUUACUUGAUAUGGUCCUUCAUAAGGUUGUUUCAAUGGCUUUUUAACAGCAUCAACUCGAACAAAGACAAACUUGCAUGUUUCUAGAUUUCUGUUGAGUUGUAUUCGAUUGUUAUGUUCACGAGGCGGUAUGGCUUUGAUUCGUUGCAUGGUUUGCAGCAGUUGGCUAGCAAAACGACUUGGGUCCGUUGGUGUUAAAGUGUUUGGGUCCACUAGUUGACCUGGUAAUGUAAGGGUUGUACCGUAAACUAGCUCAGCGGCUGUACAACCUAUAUCUUCCUUUAUAGUUGAACGGAUACCCAGGAGUACAAAUGGUAAUGCGUCACUCCAUUUUGUCGUAUCAUCUUGUGCCAUCAGCGAGCUUUUCAGUUGGCGGUGAAAUCUUUCGACCAAGCCGUUAGCUGCUGGGUGGUAGGCUGUUGUUUUGAUGUGGUUCACGCCCAGAAGUCUUGUGAAUUCCUGAAAUAAGAUAGACUGAAACUGGGGACCACGGUCGGUAGUGACGAUAGAAGGUACUCCGUAAUUUGCUAUCCAACGGUCAAGGAAUACGCCGGCUACUGUUUCUGCAGAAGUAUCAGCAAUAGGGCAUGCUAUGGCCCAUCUUGUGAACCUGUCCACCGCAGUGAGAAUAUGAGUGAAUGAAUUAGAUGGUGGCAAUGGACCAACUAUGUCUAAGUGGAUAUGCUGAAAACGUUUGUCCGGCAGGGGAUACUUGCCAACUGGACUGAUCGUGUGCUUCUGAAUCUUGCUGCGUUGACAUUGUAGGCAGCUUCGCGUCCAUCGUUUUAUAUCUGAAUUGAUUUUUGGCCACACAAAACGCUCAGUAACCAAUUUGAUUGUGGCUCUGAUUCCUGGGUGAGAAAGGUCAUGCAGUUGAUGAAAUACCUGUCGACGACAUGCUAGAGGUACAAAAGGGCGAUUGUUACCCGUUGAAACAUCGCAAAUGAUAGAUGUAUUUGAGAAAGGGAUGGGUACUGGUUUAAGGUUCAAGUUAGACUUCUCCUGGCAGGCCUUCAAAUCUGCAUCGUCUACUUGUAGUUUUGCGAUGGUUUCUAGAUCGAUGUCUUGUUUACGUAACAGGGUAUUUACGUCCUUACGUGACAAUGCGUCAGCUACGACGUUGGUGUGUCCUUUGACAAAUUGGAUAUCUGUCGUAAACUGGGAGAUGUAAUCCAGUUGUCGUGCUUCGCGAGGUGAAUGUCGGUCGUACGAUGUGUGGAAUGAGUAACAUAAAGGUUUGUGAUCGGUCAUGAUGGUAAAAGUUCGUCCUUGUAGUAAAAAGUUAAAGUGUUUAACGGCUAAGUAGAUAGCAAGUAACUCCCGUCCAAAGGUACUAUAGCGUUCCUGGGCUGGUGACAAUCUUUUGGAGAAAAACGCUAUGGGGGUAGUCAUAUUGUUUACCUGUUGUUGUAAUACUGCCCCGAUGGCUUUUUGAGAUGCAUCGGUACACAGAAUUAAGUGGGUUGUGGGGUCAGUAUUUAGAUAUUGUAGCAUGGUGGCAUUAGCUAUCAUCGACUUUGCUUUUUCAAACGCUGUUUUGGCAUCAAGAGAUAGGUUGAAUGUUUGAUUCUUCUCUCUCUUCGUACCUUUUUUGUCGGCUUUCAACAGAUCGGUUAAUGGCUGUAAUACUUCAGCACAAUGUCGUAAGAAACGGCGGUAAAAAUUACACAUACCGAGGAAGCGUCGUAAUGACUUCACCGAGGUUGGUUCGGGAUAAUUGGUAAUAGCUUCAACCUUUUCUGGGAGUGGUUUGAUGCCUUGAGAGUCAAUGUAAUGUCCUAAAAACUCUAAGGCUGGGACUGCGAAUAUGCAUUUCGAAGGAUUGAUGACGACGCCAUGUUUUUUAAAACGAUCAAAAAGGGUCUGGACAUGUUGGAUAUGCUCUUCUAAAGAUGAGCUUGCAAUGAGAACAUCGUCGAUGUAUGCAAACACGAAAUCAAGGCCUCUUGUUACGUUAUCCAUGAAGCGUUGGAAUGUCUGCGCAGCGUUUUUUAAUCCGAAUGGCAUCCUUAGAAACUCAAACAGGCCAAAGGGUGUGAUGAUGGCUGUUUUCUCGAUGUCUUCUGGUGCCAUCGGAAUUUGAUGGUAUGCACGCACUAGGUCGAGCUUUGAGAAGAUGCAUUUACCAUGUAAAUUUAACGCGAAGUCAUGUAUAUGUGGAAUAGGAUACCUAUCCGGGAUGGUUUGAUUGUUUAAUCGUCGAUAGUCACCACACGGACGCCAAUCUUGGUCCUUCUUUGGUACCAUGUGUAACGGCGAGGCCCAGGGGCUGUUGGAUGGUCUGAUAAUACCAAGUUGCAUCAUAUGUUCGAAUUCUCUUUUAGCUACUUGCAACUUGCUUGGUGGUAAUCUCCUCGCCCUAGCGCUAAUAGGUGGUCCGGUGGUAGUGAUAUGGUGUUGUACCAGCUGUGGGUUACCUUCCUUUUGGUAAUCUGAUUUCGUAAUGCACUGGUAUUCUGUUAGAAUGUCGUUGAAGUUGUUGUUCACAGGUUUCAUUAUUCGAACACCAUGGAUCUCGUUGUCGUUGGAGAGUGUACCAUUUACCUGUAAACGUGUGUUUACGUCGAUUAAUCUCUUGUUGGUCAUAUCAACUAACAGGUUGUACGCACUAAGAAAAUCGGCCCCGAGGAUGGGUCGUUUGACUUGAGCAACUAUGAAUACCCAUGUGAAUCUUCUACGGAGCCCGAGAUCUAAUAUAAGAGAUUGUUCUCCAUAAGUUUUGAUAACUGAUUCGUUAGCCGCUACCAAGGACAAUUUAGUGCUUGUCGUAUGUUGUCUGCGUGAGAGAUGGAGUGGGAUGAUGCUGAUUUCUGCUCCCGUAUCGACUAAAAAGUCUGAGCCAGAAAUACGAUCCCUGAUGUGGAAGAGGCGGCUGACAUGUUGGCCAGUAACAGCUGCCACUAUUACUGUCUGGCCACUUCGUUUCCCUGAUGGUCUGGCUUGCUUGCCGUGAAGUUGCACGGUUUUGUGCAACGACGUGCUUUCUCACCAUAAUUCGAAUGAUACCAACAAAUUCCGGCUGCCCGCUUAGGUGACCUAAGACGAUGUCUGGAUACUGAUCUCCUUCUGGACCUAGAUCUGGGGCGUCGAGAAUGGAUGGUGGAGAUAGUCGCCUGCAGUGAUGUUAGCUGCCGUGUUAAGUGUGCCAUUUGUUGCUGCAUGUCAAGAGUAGGGUUCAUAGCAUCUCUACUAGCGGGUUGUACAGCGUUAAUUCCCCGACUAUCGGGAUAUAUUUCUAUUAUCUUAUCGGCCAUGUCUGCUAAAUCAUCAAGACUGACAGAGGCUCCUGAUACGCUGAGAAUUUGUCUGACGCUAUAAGGUAACCUUUGUGACCACAUCUGCUUAAGUAAUGCUUCAUCUAACUUGUAUGAGCCUGCUAGUUGUCUCAUGUGUCUAAGCAACUGUGAAGGUCUUUUGUCCCCUAACUCGCAUGCGGUGAGUAGUUGCUGUAAGCGUUUUUCAUCAGACUGCGAAGUACGGUGGAUUACUGCGGCUUUUAUUUUGUCAUAUGGGUCCGCUUCUGGUACGUUAUCUAUCAGGUCUCCGACUUCUGCUGCCACUUCUAUGGGUAAUGCUCCAACGAUGUAUGCAUAUUUUGUCGCUUGCGAGCGUAUACCUCUCGACAAAAAUAAUGCCUCAACCUGUGCAAACCAGAUCCUGGGAUUAUUAACACCGUACGUUGGUAAUCUUAGUUCCGAGAUAGCGUUGAUUGAGUUUAAAACAUUAUCCUCUGGUUGUGGAGAGUUUAGAAGGUUGGUCGGUGAACUAUCAAUAUCAAUAAGUUUACCCGGAGAGUUCAUAAUGACAAAAACAAAAAUAUGGUGUCGUGCCGAUUAAUAAUAAUAAAAAAAUUAUGUAGAUAUAUAUAGUAAAUGUCUAUAAAAAAAUAAUCGAGGCUCACCAAAUAAUUGUGGUGGACCAAACAAUAUAUAAACGCAAAAGUAUCAACAAAGUUAAUAGCAAUCAAUAGUAAUAUUAAUAUUUACAAGUUAAAUGUUACAAAUGCAAUAACAAAUUAGGGACGUUACUUAAAUCGGCUAGUCGUUGCGUGUUCUGUUGAGUUUUGGUCUCAAAAAUCCACAAUUAUAAAUGCAUAAUAAUUCCACAGAGGUAAAUAUGACGCCAAUAAGUUUCUUUGAUGUAGGAUAUAAUGGGAAUGACACUGCAGUCUGAAAUGAGGAUAAUAUCCAGUUUAGAACGCAAUUGACUUGGUAACGAGCGAGAAUAGAACAAUGGGUAUGUGCGUAAUAGUGUAUUUGUGAACAAUCGAAAAUGUGUGUCACGCUAUGUUAGAAUUACAACGGAAAAAGCGUUCAAGGUCGUUGACUGAAACAACACGUACAGUCAUUUAAUGAUAAAUGUACAUACAGUGAAAAAUUGACAAAACAAAUAGAAAUAACAUUGAAAACUAUUUACAAAAUAAGGUUGUCAGGUCUAUCUCC